AUGACGUCUUUGGAUGAGUGGCUUCUGGCUCGGAGCAGUUCCUGCAGCCAACAAAAUGAUGAAACGGACAUCUAUAGGUGCAUUCGUCGACUUGAAGGUGCUUCAGAGAGUGACUAUACAGGUACCAUGACUGAUCAAUUUCGUGUUGGAGGUGAUCAACACUUCCAAGGUCAAGAAUUGUAUGAAGAAGCCGAGUCAAAAUUGACAGCAUGUGCAACACCAAACAAUAGUGUGAGUGCCAUUGAUAAAAGUACCCUGUCUUCUCACAAACUGGAGAGUUCUAUCCAACUAAAAGGCAGCUCCAGUUCCAUAAAAUCCUAUGACAUCUCUACCAGGCCUAAAGGGGAGUCGAUGACUGCAAUGGAGGCAAAGAAACACUAUAUACACAAACUUACACCAUAUGAGGAACAGGAAAUAGCUAGCUAUUCAGAAAUCUAUUUUGUUGGACCAAAUUCUAAAAAGAGACCAGGAAUUAUUGGAGCACCAAAUAAUAAUAGCUAUGAUGAUGAUCAGGGUUCUUAUCUGUAUGUGCCACAUGAUCAUAUAGCCUAUCGAUAUGAAGUCAUCAAGGUAAUUGGGAAAGGCAGCUUUGGGCAAGUGGUGAAAGCUUAUGACCACAAACUCCACCAAUACAUCGCCCUGAAAAUGGUGAGGAAUGAAAAGCGAUUUCACAGGCAAGCAGCAGAGGAAAUCAAAAUACUAGACCAUCUGAGGAAGCAAGACAAGGACAACAACAUGAAUGUUAUCCAUAUCUAUGAGAGUUUUUCCUUCCGUAACCACAUAUGUAUGACCUUUGAACUACUAAGUAUGAACCUCUAUGAACUCAUCAAGAAGAAUAAGUUUCAAGGAUUCAGUCUGCCCCUGGUCCGUAAAUUUGCACACUCCAUCCUGCAGUGCCUUGAUGCUUUGCAUAAAAGCCAUAUCAUCCAUUGUGACUUGAAACCUGAGAACAUCCUGUUGAAGCAACAGGGCCGUAGUGGAGUAAAAGUGAUUGACUUUGGAUCCAGCUGUUAUGACCAUCAAAAAAUAUACACAUACAUUCAGUCACGUUUUUACCGAGCUCCUGAGGUGAUUCUAGGAGCACAAUAUGGGAUGGCUAUUGAUAUGUGGAGUUUGGGAUGCAUUCUUGCUGAAUUGCUGACUGGUCAUCCGCUGUUGCCAGGGGAAGAUGAGGGAGAUCAACUUGCUUGCAUGAUGGAAUUAUUAGGAAUGCCAUCUAAAGUACUUCUGGAAUGUUCCAAAAGGGCCAAAAUGUUCAUCAGUUCUAAGGGUUAUCCUAGAUAUUCUUCUAUUGUAACACUUCCUGAUGGGACAGUGCAUUUGAAUGGUGGACGAUCUCGAAGAGGAAAAACUCGAGGUCCCCCUGGUCAGCGGGAUUGGGUCAGUGCCCUAAAGGGUUGUGAUGAUCAAUCCUUCAUUGACUUCCUGAAACACUGCCUGGAGUGGGAUCCUGCCUCACGCAUGACACCAGCACAGGCCUUAAGGCACCCUUGGCUUCGGAGACGUCUGCCAAAGCCGCCAACGAAUGACAAAGCAACGUUUGUCAAACGCAUGUCAGCAAGCCCUACUACCCUCAUGGAUGCAGUGGUUAAACUACCUCCUACUUCUGCCAGCAUUGCCAAUAAACUGAAAUCCAAUCAGAAUAGUGAUUCCAAUCCCAACAUGACUCAGAGGACAGUGCUGCCAAAGCUGGUCAGUUGA